UGCCAACCCUUCAUGGAACUUGGCACACAUGAAGGCUACGGUGCAAGAGGAGAUGUUUGCUGAUGCUUCAAUUGGGAAGCUGAAAAGAGCAAAGCAAUUAGUGAUGAAGGCAACACUAGAUGCAACUAAAGGGCAGUACCAAAAGUUGUAUAGUUAUCAGCUAGAGCUUCUUAGAAGUAAUCCAGGCAGCACAGUGGUUUUGAACAGAGUGGUGGGAAUGGAUCCACCUGUAUUCAAGAGAAUAUACAUAUGCUUAGGUGCACUGAAGAAAGGAUUCCUAGCAGGUUGCAGGAAAGUUAUAGGGCUUGAUGGUUGUUUCUUCAAGGGUGCAACUAAUGGAGAGUUGAUUUGUGCUCUAGGAAGGGAUGCAAAUAAUCAAAUGUAUCCAAUUGCUUGGGCAGUAGUUCACAAAGAAAACAAUGAGGAGUGGGACUGGUUCAUGGAUAUAUUGAGUAUUGAUUUGCAUGUUGGUGAUGGAGAAGGAUGGGUCUUCAUUUCAGACCAACAAAAGGGGAUUCUCAAUGCUGUUCAAAAAUGGGCUCCAAUGGCUGAACAUAGAAAUUGUGCUAGACACAUCUAUGCCAACUGGAAGAAGCACUUCCAUGACAAAGAAUACCAAAAGAAGUUUUGGAGGUGUGCCAAAGCUCCUUGCACCAUGCUGUUCAAUUUGGCAAGGGCACAGCUGGCGCUGGUCACUCAUGCAGGAGCACAAGCCAUCAUGAACACACAUCCCCAACAUUGGAGUAGAGCCUGGUUUAAGGUAGGUUCAAACUGUGAUUCUGUAGAUAAUAAUUUGUGUGAAUCAUUUAACAAGUGGAUCCUAGAGGCAAGAUUCUUCCUAAUUAUAACCAUGCUUGAGACAAUUAGAAGAAAAGUAAUGGUUAGGAUCAAGGACCAAAUAACAAACUCCAAUAGAUGGAACACAAUUAUUUGCCCUGGUAUAUUAAAGAAGUUGAAUGUUUAUAUUGCUGAGUCUGCAUUUUGUCAUGCAAUAUCAAAUGGGGCUGAGGCAUAUGAGGUGAAACAUCAUGAGCAUAGAUUUACAGCGCAACUAGACAAAAAGGAAUGCUCAUGCAGGUAUUGGCAGCUAUCUGGAUUGCCUUGCCCUCAUGCUAUUGCUUGCAUAUUCUAUAAGACUAGUCAACUUGAUGGUUACAUUGCUGACUGCUACUCAGUGGAAACAUUUAAGAAGAUUUAUGCGCACUGCCUACAGCCACUAGAAGGGAUGAGCUCUUGGCCAGAGGAUGGUAGACAACCACUAAAUGCUCCUGGGUACAUCAAGAUGCCAGGAAGGCCAAAGACAGAGAGGAGAAGAGAGGCUCAUGAACCUGCCAAAGCAACCAGGGCAAGCAAGAUUGGAACAAUCAUCAGAUGUAGGAAAUGCAAGCAAGUAGGCCACAACAGAUCUACUUGUGAUAAGCAUAAUGGUGAAGGUAGUACCACUUCAAUGCCUCAGCAAGUUCCAAACCCAGACCAACAUAUAGUGCUAUCAAACACACCACAGAGCUCAACUCAAAGCAGGAAGAGGAAGUCAGCUGCAUCUGCCACCAUCAGUGCUGCAAGUGCCAAAGACAAAAAUUCCUAGCAACCAAAAGGCACUCCAAGUUGUUAGGGUCAAUGCAACAGCAAGAGUUGCAACACAUCAAGGUGGUUCCGCUACUGUCAAUUUGCAAGCCACUGUACCAGGAUCCCAGGGAUCGACAAGUGCAUCAGUACAGAUCAAGUCUGGGAAAGCUUCUGUUUCUGUAUCAGCUCAAGAACCAGGAAAUGGCAAGGGAAAGAAACCUACUCCUGGUCCACUGCUACUUAUACCUCCAUGGGAAUCUGCCAAACUAUGAUGCCAUUUGUUGAAGGCUGUGAUGCCAUCUGUUGCAAACUGUGUUGCCAUUUGCUAUGUUAUGUUAUGUGUAAUAUUCUAAGGCAUUGUAUUGCCAGACUUGAAGUUCCUGGGAUGUUUUGCAAGACUUAAUGUUAGACUUCUGUGUGAGUUGCCAGACUUCAUGUUAGGUUCUGAGGCAUUAUAUUGCCAGACUUGAAGUAUGUGUGCUGCUAUAUGUCAUGUAAUGUAAGACUUAUGGACAGACUAUGGCUGAUUUAGUGAUGUAAUUGCCAGACUUAAAGGCAAGAUAUUAAGUGUUACAUUCCGGACUUAUUGCAUAUUAUUAUAUGAUGAAUUGCCCAA